AUGUCUUUAACAUCUACUGUAUGCAAGAGCCGUAGAGAAUGCUAAUCGGCUUUAUUGUCUUUUUGGUCUGUUGUCAUAAUGAUUAACACUUUUAACACUUAACACUUAACAUCAAGGCCACUGAGGUCACAACAAAUCAACACCAACAAAUCGGUUUUUUUCUCAUGACCUCUAUCUCAGCGUCUCCUCCAUCGCAGCCCUAAGGUGUGGUGUGCUGCAUGCUGUGGAAUUUUGUCCUCCUUUACAUUGAUGAUGAUGAUGAUGAUGAUGAUGAUGAUGAUGUCACUUCCUGAUGCAGUAAGUCUGUGACAGCAGAAACAUAGCCCACAUUACAGAGCUGAACUUCCACAAAGACUUCACAACAAAACACUAAAUAAAAAUAAUUCCAGCUGCUUCAUUCAGGCUUCUGGACCAGUCAUAAUAUCUCAUUAGGAGCGUUUUUAUGUUUGAUUUUUAAUGAAAAAGAAAAUAAAAAGUCUUUAUAGUGAACCAAGUCCACAACGAAACAAACACCAUGCCGUCUUAGCAUUUUUGGCGUGGCUUCUUUUACAGAAAUGUUGCUUGGGGGGAGAAUUAAGCAAAAGCACAUGAUGCUUCAACUCGUGAUUUUCACCCAGAGAGCAGAUGAAUGAACAGAUGGAGGGAUGGACGUCUUUCCUCACAUCUCUCUUGUAGUAGCAGAAAGGUAACUGGACUUUAAGGCUAAACCGUGUUUUGUUUUGUGUUUCUAACUGUGGAUGAUGUUCUCCUUGGCUUAAGCCUCGCGACUUUUCCUCUCUGUCCACGGCUUCAUUCUUCUCCAAGCUGAAAGCAUGGCUUCUCCUCGCCUCGAGACCUUCUGCUGUCCGAAUCGUGACGCUGCAACAGAUUUUAUCGUCAGCUUCCAGCCCAGUUUUUUCAGUGCUAUGUGUGCAGGAAGCGCUGGACUGAGCAUGAUCAUCUCUCUCCUGCAGAUUCUUCCUAAAAGAAGAGGCUACAGGAGAGUGGUGACGUACCCGCUCCCAAAACCGGCCUCUUCCUCCAGGAUUCUGUUCAUCAUAAGCGUAUGUGAUAUUCUCGGGUGUGUGGGAAUAAUCGUGAGAUCGUCAGUGUGGCUCGGCGCUCCCAGCAUCAUCCAGGACAUCUCAGUCACUAACAGCAGUAAUGUGUGGCCUGAAGUCUUCUGUGUGGGCAGCGCUAUGUGGAUCCAGCUGUUCUUCAGUGCCUCGUUCUGGUGGAUGUUCUGCUACGCCGUGGACGCAUUUCUGGUGGUCAGACGAUCCGCUGGAAUCAGCACCAUUGUUCUGUAUCACAUGAUCACGUGGGGUUUAGCUGUGCUGCUGUGUGUGGAAGGUGUAGCCAUGCUUUAUUACCCCUCCCUCUCAAGUUGUGAAAACGGUCUUCAGCACGCGAUCCCUCACUACAUCACCACGUACGCUCCGAUGCUGUUGGUGCUUUUAGUCAAUCCGAUCCUGUUCACACGCACUGUGACUGCUGUUACUUCAUUACUGAAAGGACGUCAAGGAAUUUACACAGAAAAGGAGAGACGCUUAGGAGCAGAAAUCAAAAUACGAUUCUUCAAAAUUCUCCUGGUCUUCAUUAUCUGCUGGCUGCCCAACCUGAUUAAUGAGAGUUUGUUAUUUUACCUGGAAGUUCAACCGGACAUUCAGGAUGCCGAGCUGAAAAAUGUCCGUAACGCAUCUCUCAUCACCUGGUUCAUUAUGGGCAUUCUGAACCCCAUGCAGGCCUUCCUCAACACACUGGCCUUCCACGGCUGGACAGGAUUAGACCUCGACCUGAGACUGCAGAGGCGGCGAGAGCUAACCUGGGACUCGGCCUCCACCUCGAUAGCGACACCUGGUGGUUAUGAUCCCUUGAUGCCUUCCACACUGCUCUACCAGAGCCAUGUCCAGGAUGGGAAGAAGUUGACAGGAAAUGGACACCACAUUCCCUCUGACGCUGUCAGCAUCCUGUCUGAAAGUUCUGGCUCUAGUACUCUGGAAAUCCACACAGGCGGUGGAGAGGAAGCUGAAGCAGGAGUGAUGGAGGAGACGGCGAGACGAUAGGAGACGAGUGGAUGAAGUGUGUCUGAUCACACCAGUUAUUCUGGAACAGAAAGAUCUGGUCUCUGUUUUAUUCGCAACAAAAAGACAUUCCAUAAUUCUGUUUAUAGAAAUAAAAUUCUAGGCAGUGACACAGUGACAGAGUGACACAGUGACAGUGACAGAAUGACAGAGUGACACAGUGACAGAGUG